CCUGGUUCUGCUUCCGGCGCGGGAGGUAGGGCCACGUCAUCUUUGGGCUCCCAGUGCCAGCCGGGCAGUGAAUGGUGGGAAGCAAGAUGGCGGCCACGGCCAGCAUUCGGGACAGGCAAACAGUGGCUCUGAAGCGGAUGUUGAAUUUCAAUGUGCCUCAUGUUAAAAACAGUACUGGAGAACCAGUAUGGAAGGUACUCAUUUAUGACAGAUUUGGCCAAGAUAUCAUCUCUCCUCUGCUGUCUGUGAAAGAGCUGAGAGACAUGGGCAUCACUCUGCAUCUCCUUUUGCACUCGGACCGAGAUCCGAUUCCAGAUGUUCCUGCAGUGUACUUUGUGAUGCCAACCGAAGAAAAUAUCGACAGACUGUGCCAGGAUCUUCGAAAUCAGCUCUAUGAAUCCUAUUAUUUGAAUUUUAUUUCUGCGAUUUCAAGAAGUAAACUGGAAGACAUUGCAAAUGCAGCAUUGGCCGCUAGUGCAGUCUCACAAGUUGCCAAGGUUUUUGACCAGUAUCUCAAUUUUAUUACUUUGGAAGAGGACAUGUUUGUAUUAUGUAAUCAAAAUAAGGAGCUUGUUUCAUAUCGUGCCAUCAAUAGGCCAGAUAUCACAGACACAGAGAUGGAGACAGUUAUGGACACUAUUGUUGACAGCCUCUUCUGCUUUUUUGUUACGUUAGGUGCUGUUCCCAUCAUCCGAUGCUCAAGAGGAACGGCCGCAGAAAUGGUGGCAGUGAAACUAGAUAAAAAACUCCGGGAAAAUCUAAGAGAUGCAAGAAACAGCCUUUUCACUGGUGAUCCACUUGGAACUGGCCAAUUCAGCUUCCAAAGGCCUUUAUUAGUCCUUGUCGACAGAAACAUUGACUUGGCAACACCUUUACACCAUACAUGGACAUACCAAGCGCUGGUACAUGAUGUGCUGGAUUUCCACCUAAACAGAGUAAAUUUGGAAGAAUCUACAGGAAUGGAAAAUUCUCCAGCUGGUGCUAGACCAAAGAGGAAAAAUAUGAAGUCUUACGAUUUAACUCCAGUUGAUAAAUUUUGGCAGAAACAUAAAGGAAGCCCAUUCCCAGAAGUCGCAGAAUCAGUCCAACAAGAACUAGAAUCUUACAGAGCACAAGAAGAUGAGGUCAAACGACUAAAGAGCAUUAUGGGACUAGAAGGAGAGGACGAAGGAGCCAUCAGCAUGCUCUCUGAUAACACUGCUAAGCUCACGUCAGCUGUCAGUUCUUUGCCAGAACUCCUUGAAAAAAAAAGACUUAUUGAUCUCCAUACAAAUGUUGCCACUGCUGUUUUAGAACACAUAAAGGCAAGAAAACUGGAUGUAUAUUUUGAAUAUGAAGAAAAAAUAAUGAGCAAGACUACUCUGGAUAAGUCCCUCCUAGACGUCAUAUCUGACCCUGAUGCAGGGACUCCGGAAGACAAAAUGAGGCUGUUUCUCAUCUAUUACAUAAGCGCGCAGCAGGCACCAUCUGAGGUUGAUUUGGAGCAAUACAAAAAGGCUUUAACAGACGCAGGCUGCAGCCUUAGCCCUUUGCAGUACAUCAAACAGUGGAAGGCUUUUGCCAAGAUGGCCUCGACUCCUGCCAGCUAUGGGAACACUACCACUAAACCAAUGGGUCUUCUAUCCCGAGUCAUGAAUACAGGAUCCCAGUUUGUGAUGGAAGGUGUGAAGAACCUGGUAUUGAAGCAGCAGAAUCUACCUGUUACUCGAAUUUUAGACAAUCUCAUGGAGAUGAAGUCAAACCCUGAAACUGAUGAUUAUAGAUAUUUUGAUCCCAAAAUGCUGCGGAGUAAUGACAGCUCAGUUCCUAGGAACAAAAGUCCAUUCCAAGAGGCCAUUGUCUUUGUGGUCGGAGGAGGCAACUAUAUUGAAUAUCAGAAUCUUGUUGACUACAUAAAGGCGAAGCAAGGCAAGCACAUUCUAUAUGGCUGCAGUGAGAUUUUUAAUGCUACACAGUUCAUAAAACAGCUGUCACAGCUUGGACAGAAAUAACACAGAACAACCACAAUGGGGUAAUCAGUUUGGGUAGAUGUAAAAAGAGCCAGAUGUGUCUUUCUCCUAGCUGUGCCCUAACUGCAACCUGUCAGAAUCUCUCAUUUGUAAAGAAAUUCUAUACUUCAUAUUCUGUAUAAUGAUUAAAAUAAUAAACCAUUUCAGAAAUAA